AGAACCUCGAGAUACGGAGGAGAGCGAAGAUAAGAAAGACGAGGGUCUGUCGUCAGUUCCUACGUCAGGCUGCCAGGGCGUGGACUAGAGGAAGGUUUCACAGCAGAAGUACUAGGAAGUAGUGAGACCUCCCCAGCCCUGGGUGUCGGGAGAUAUUUAGGCUGUAGAUCAUGCUGGUCUGUUUAUGCAGAGAACGAUCACUGUUGAGAGUUAAGGGGGUGGGGCAAUUCUGACAUGUCGGCGGGGUUUCCAAAGCAGUGUCGGAAAAGCGUAACGUCGUCGUUACGGGGAGGGUUGGUUGCCCUCACUUAACAUGGCGGCGAGGGUGUCCGAAGCAAGUUUUCCCAGUUCUACGUACCAGUGAAGCGCACGUUGAUUGGCCAAGAGAGAAACCGCGAGCUGGGAUAGGGAACGUACGGCAUGGCAGAAGAUAGAGCCUCAGAUAUAGGCACCACCCCUGAUGACAGUGAGACCAACAAGAACCCCACGCUGGAGAGAUGCCUUGACGUGCUGAGAGAUGCAAGAAAUGAUAGUGAACAGUUUGCUGCUCUUCUUCUGGUAACCAAAGCGGCUAAAGCUGGAGACAUAGAUUCCAAAACCCAUCGGAGAAUCUUCAAUGCAGUUGGUUUCACAUUCCCAAAUCGGCUUCUGGCUUCCAAGGAUUCCUCUGAGGGCUGUCCAGGACACAUGUUCCAAGCCCUCGGCCUUACUCUGCUAGCCUGUUUCUGCACCGAUCCUGAUUUAGCUGAGCAUCCUCAGGUCCUUAACAAAAUCCCAACUUUCAACAGCGUGAUUUCAGCUUGUGAUUCCGGUGAUGCUUCUUGUGGCUCCAUGAUCAAUGACGCUUACCAGUGUCUUGAUGCUAUUCUGGCCACUCCCAAGGGACCCAGAGAGCUGGUGAACAGGGGAGCCCUGGUAACUCUGUGUCAGGCCUAUGUGAGCCACAACUAUGGCUGUGACCGUGCCCUUCGUCUGCUGGUGGGGCUUCUGGCGGCAGCAGAAGCAAAGUGCUGGCAGAGAGCUCCUUCUGCCCUCAUAGAUGUACUUGACACGCUCAGUGCAGAGUUUCAGAAGGCUGAAGAUAUGACAAAAUUCCAACUGUGUGAAGCCUUGCGCCAUUUUGUGCCUCCCCUUCUCCCACCGGGCUCCAAGUGCCUCCCGUCCCUCUACCAAGGCCUAUCAAGUAUCCUUUCGAGCAAGCUGAGUGCCUCCCAGAGGGAUCCGGCCUUGAAACUGGCAGCCUGCCUGACACAGGCCUGUGGCUCAGAGUGGAUACCUCCGGGGAGGUCUGGCAGCAAGUUCUUUGCCUUGCUGACUAACCUGGCAUGUGUGGAAGUCCGUAUGUCUCUGGAAGAGCUUGACCUGGUGGAGGUAGAUAAGAAGCAGGAUGUGGUGGCAGCUUGCUACAUCCUGAUGGAGCAUGCGAUUCUGGAGUGCACAAGAGAGGAGGGGUCUCUGCUGCGGGAGGUGCAAAAAGUGCAGCUGGUGGGGAUCCUGGAGGAAGCCUUUGGAGCUGUUGUUUACUACCUGAGGCAGGCAGGGUGGAAGAAGCUGGGGGAUCCUUUCAUCUUUGCCUCCAUUCGAAUCCUGGGAGCCUGGCUGGCAGAAGAGACUUCAUCCCUGAAGCAGGAGAUCUGUGACCUCCUUCCUUUUCUCCUGCAUUAUGCCAAGUUGCAGUUCGAGGCGGGGAAGAAAGGUGGAAGUAGCUUGCAGAACACUGGAUGCAGUGGCGGCCAGGAGCCUGUUUGGCACGGGGAUGCUCUGAGAUUUCUGUUGCCUGGCUUAAGCCACUUAACAACAGAGGAUCGACCCCGUGCAAUCCUCAUUUCAGAGGGUGCACCAGUUCUCCUGUGCCAGUAUUUCUCACAUCAGUGGGAGAUGUUCGUUUCAGAUUUGGAAGCCCCAUUUGCAUUGGAUGCUGUAGAAUCCACUCUGCAAACAGCUUGUGCGAUGUUUCUGAAUUUUGUUGUGGCUGUUCCGGAAUUGAUCAGCCGUGAAGAUUGUUUCACAGCAUUGAUGGACGUGUUGCUGAAAUCUCUUCCUUCUUUGCGGCCACAGGGAGAGCACCUUGGCCUCUUGGCUGGCAUGACGACACUGGGGCUCAUGAUGGCCAGGAAGCUGUCUGCUCACCCAGGUCUCCAAAUGACUCCAGAAGCCAAAGGAUUCUUCUCCACCACCAUUACUUUCCUGGCAGGAGCGCAUGUGGCCAAACCUGACCCCGUCGGUGACAGCAUGAUCCUCCACCUUGCGCCAGCCUACGAGGCAGCAUGGCCAACCAUCGGUGAACUGUGGCUGCUAGGGAUGCAGGCCUUUGCCAGCUGCAUGCCACUUUUCCUGUGGCUGCCAGAGGUUGUCCUCCACUCUGUUUGGCUCCAGGACCUUUUGGAAUUGCUGAGCCGUGUGGCCCCAGCAUCUGUGGACUUGGAGGUGGUCACCGCUUUCCAAGGCGUCUUAGUGGAGCUGGCCAGAACCAGCCCGCCAUGCAGAGAGGUGAUUCAGCAGCACCGAGGUGCUGAACUGGCUAAUCUGUAUGGUAUGGCAGCUUUAGAGCAAGGUCUUAGUCAACAGUGAGCAUAACCAGGAUGAUCUUUUUAAAGAAAUAUUCUUCCUGCCUCUGAUUGGUAUGGGCAUGAGAUAUGAACUGUCUUGCUGCAGCUAUUCUGUAUUAUAAUACUGCACAAAAUACCCAAUAAAGCCUAUUCUCUCCAUCUCAUCAAAAGAAACACACAGCAAUAAUCAAACCAGUGUAAUAUAGUGGUUAGAGUUCCAAGCUAGGAUCUGUGAGACCCAAAUUCGAAUCCCCACU